AUGGAAGCCUUAGCAAAGCGUAUUAAUGCCCUGCCUAUGUCCGAAGUGGAGCUUAAUCUUUGGUAUUUCUUCAGACAAAGAAAAUUAAGAAGCAUCCAAAUUAAAAGAGCCCCGUCAGAUUAUUAUGAGUGGACUUUGGAAAAAAGAAGAGACUUUUUAGGAGCACCAUCUACCCAUUAUUUAUGCAAAACUAUUAUACUUGAGAAUACAGCCUGGAAUGAGUUAUAUCAGGACGAGCCUGCGUAUUUCAAAUAUGUUGCUGUGGUGAUUCAAUAUGAGUCAAAACUUAGCUCAGAAAAAGUUAUAAUUGGAUUGGAGAAUAAAUCUUUUUGUUUUAAAAGUAAAAAUUAUUUUUGAAAAAUUAUGAGAUUACGAUGGAGAGGGAAGGAUUUAAAAUUUUGUUAAUGAUAUAUGAAAUUCGCCAAAGAAUGACAAAAUAACUCAAUCAAACAUAAAAAGGUCGCUAAAAAGCAUUUCCACUUCAGGCUGGCUGAUGAGGAUAUUGCUCACAAGCUGACAGGAUAUGGUUAUAACGCUGUCACUCCAUUUCUUAUGAAGACUGAGCUUCCAUUGCUAUUAACUUCCCCCAGUAAUAAGCAAUUCUUGCUUAUUCGUAUGGCUAUAGCACAACAUUUGCAAAUGCAUAGAUCGAAAUUUGCAUGGUUUUCAGAUAAAGUGAAAAAUGCAAAUUUGGGCAUUUACGUUCCGAUAAUAAGCAAAUUUCGAUUUACUAUAUAAAAUUUACAUUUGAAAAUUUGUGCUAAAACUCCCAACGAGUAGGCAAGAAUUUGCUUUUGCUUAAUUACAGUGGGGGAGUAAGCAAAGAAAUUUUACAGCUUUCUCCUGAUUCCCCUCCAGUAGUAAUCAAAUUCUUGCUUAUUCGUGGAAGUUUUAGAACAAAAUUUUGUCAAAUGGUAAAUUUUAUAUGAAUGCUUAUAUUCAGCCAAAAUUAGCAUUUUUGACAUUUUAUCUAAAAAGCCCCCCAAAUUUCGAUCUAUAUAAUUACUAUUUGAGAUAUUUUCGCUAAAACUUCCUAACUAGGGGAUUGAGUACUUUUGGCUGGGUGGAGGAGAAGUUGACCUCAAGCUCGGAAUCAGUAUAGACGAAUUCUUAGAAAAUACCAAUGCAAUGGUAGCAGAUAUAACUUCAUAA